GCACCAGUGGUCUAGUGGUAGAAUAGUACCCUGCCACGGUACAGACCCGGGUUCGAUUCCCGGCUGGUGCAAUUGUUAGCUGUGAUGAAAUUUGUGUCAAAUGUGUUGACGGGUUCAUCACUAUCGUUUAACUUCGGUUGCGAAAACUGGCACAUCUGAGCUUGCUUUUUUGUUUUUUUUUUUUGUCCUCUAAUUUGACUUGAAAACUUUAAUUUAAUUUGAUUUAUCCUUAGUGUUUCAAAGGUUCUCAGCAAUGCUCAUAGUUAACUAAUCCAACACAUAAUGUGUUAACAAUGGAUUUAAAUCAUAUCCAAAUCGCUUUUCGUUAUUGCAUUCGCUUUAGAUCAAUUAAAAAUGCAAAAUCACUCCAUUCUCACAUAAUUAAAUCCGGUUUUUGUAAUCACAUUUUCAUCUUAAACAACAUGAUCUCAGUUUAUUCGAAAUGUUCUAGUAUCAUUGAUGCACGUAACAUGUUCGACGAAAUGCCUCACAGGAACAUAGUUUCUUGGACUACAAUGGUCUCUGUAUUAACCAAUUCCAGCAUGCCCCAUGAAGCUCUUAGUCUCUACAAUGAGAUGAUAGAAUCAAAAAUUGAACAGCCGAAUCAGUUUUUGUACUCUGCUGUUCUCAAAGCGUGUGGUCUUGUGAGAAAUGUUGAAUUGGGAAAGAUGGUUCAUUAUCAUAUAUUUCAAGCUAAGUUAGAUGUUGAUAUUGUUCUGAUGAAUGCCCUUUUGGAUAUGUAUGUGAAAUGUGGAAGCUUGAGGGAUGCUCAACGGGUUUUCUGUGAAAUUCCGUGUAAAAAUGCUACUUCAUGGAACACACUCAUUUUGGGGUAUGCAAAACAAGGUUUGAUUGAUGAUGCGAUGAAACUGUUUGAUAAAAUGCCGGAACCGGAUAUUGUAUCUUGGAACAGCAUCAUUGCUGGUCUUGUAGAUAAUGCUAGUUCACGUGCGUUGCGAUUUGUUUCUAUGAUGCAUGGGAAGGGCCUUAAAAUGGACGAAUUCACAUUCCCAAGUGUGCUGAAAGCUUGCGGUUGCAGUGAUGAAUUAAUGUUAGGAAGAGAGAUUCAUUGUUAUAUUAUUAAGUCGGGGUUUGAGUCUAGCUGUUAUUGUAUAUCGGCGUUGAUUGAUAUGUAUUCAAGUUGCAAGUUAUUAAGUGAAGCAACAAAGAUUUUUGAUCAAUACUUCAGGAACUCUUCUGUUUCGGAAAGCUUGGCACUAUGGAAUUCGAUGCUUUCUGGGCAUGUUGUCAAUGGAGAUUAUGUUGAGGCUCUCAGUAUGAUUUCUCAUAUGCAUCGUUCUGGUGUACGUUUUGAUUUUUAUACCUUCAGUAUUGUUUUAAAGAUCUGCAUGAACUUUGAUAACUUGAGUUUGGCAUCUCAAGUGCAUGGAUUUGUCAUCACUAGCGGAUAUGAGUUAGAUUGUGUUGUUGGGAGCAUUCUCAUUGAUAUAUAUGCAAAACAGGGCAGUAUUAACAAUGCGUUAAGAUUGUUUGAGAGGUUGCCAGAUAAAGAUGUUGUGGCUUGGUCGAGUUUGAUUACUGGUUGUGCUAGAUUCGGUUCAGAUAAGUUAGCUUUUUCCCUUUUCAUGGAUAUGAUUCAUUUGGGUCUUCAGAUUGAUCAUUUUGUUAUUUCAAUUGUGCUAAAAGCUUGCUCAAGUUUGGCAUCUCAUCAACAUGGCAAGCAAGUUCAUUCUUUAUGUCUUAAGAAGGGGUAUGAAUCAGAGGGAGUAGUUACAACUGCUCUGAUUGAUAUGUAUGCAAAAUGUGGUGACAUUGAGGAUGCCUUAUCUUUGUUUGGUUGUCUUUCGGAAAUUGAUACCAUGAGUUGGACAAGUAUUAUCGUGGGAUGUGCACAAAAUGGAAGAGCAGAGGAAGCAAUAAGUCUUCUGCAUAAGAUGAUAGAAUCUGGUACAAAGCCAAAUAAAAUCACCAUUCUAGGUGUUCUCACUGCUUGUAGGCAUUCUGGCCUAGUUGAAGAGGCAUGGGAUGUGUUUAAUUCUAUUGAAACAAAUCAUGGAUUGAUACCUUGCCCAGAACAUUACAAUUGUAUGGUCGAUAUACUUGGUCAAGCAGGACGUUUUGAAGAAGCAGUAAAGUUGAUUAGUGAAAUGCCAUUUAAGCCCGACAAAACUAUAUGGUCUUCCUUGCUUGGUGCCUGUGGAACUUACAAGAACAGAGAUCUUGCAAAUAUUGUUGCCGAGCAUCUCCUUGCUACCUCACCAGAAGAUGUUUCUGUAUACAUAAUGCUGUCAAAUGUUUAUGCAGCUCUUGGAAUGUGGGAUAGUGUAAGCAAAGUCAGAGAAACUGUAAAAAAAAUCGGCAAAAAAAGAGCUGGAAAAAGCUGGAUUGAGAUCUCAAGUUGAGAAUGCUGGUUUGGUGCAUAGCUUAACCCUCAUACAUAAGAUAUUUUCAGACGAGUCACUGGUUAUUCUAGCUUAUAAGGGAUAGCAUACGAUUGAACCCUGAAUUCUGAAGGCGUUCUUCAUGUUUUGGUAAUGGCAAAAGUUCAAUUAGAAGGUUAAAGCGCAGAAGAAUCAAAUUCUAAACAACUUUUAAAUGGAAGAUAUUACACUGUAGAACAUAAGGUUAAGUGCAAUGAAUGCAGCAGUUCAAUCUGAUAAGCUUGUACAUUGUAAUGCCUGGCUGCUAUUGCCAGGAGGUUUCACCCAUAUAUUGUUUGAAACUGUUCUAACUUCUCUGAGUUCCUCCCUACUGGACAAUGACAUAUACAUCACAUGAGUUUUCAGUUUUCUAUGAAAUCCCAUUUAAGUUCUACUUCAUGGAACACCUUCAUUUGGGACAUGCUAAACAAGGUUUAAAUGGUGGUGUCGUGAAAGUGAUUUAUCCAAUACUGGAACCAGAUCUUGUAUCUUGGAACAACGUCAUUGCUGGCCUUGCGGAUAAUGCUAGUCCAUAUGAAAUGCAAUUUGUUUCAUGAUGCACAUGAAAGGGCCUAAAACUUGCCUGGUAAACUCGUUCAAUCUAGCUUAUAAUACAUACCUGCUAUUGCCAUGAGGUUUUAGUUUCACAUCCGACAAAAGUUGAAGAGCCACAAAUUGUUAAACGCAUGUCAAGUCAACAAUUUGUAGUAUCGAAGGAACCAUGUAAAAAAGACAUUGGGACUUGGGAGGCGAGAUUUGGGUGCCUUACGCAAUUCCAAUCAUACGUGAACUCUAAUUUGGUCAAAAUCAGAGAAGUUAUCAGGUCUCGACUCAUCUUUUAGCCAGAUCAAGCUGCUUGACAUUCUCGGCGUUUGUAGUAGAUUGGAAAAUUUUAGUCGGAUAACUAGUAUGUACUCAUUUAGGACUCGGAUUCUCUGAUACAAUACCCUUUGCAGCUCACUCUACCUCUCUUCCUCCUUUCCCCAUUUUAAUGGCCACCACGUCUGCAGUGUAAGGGAUCCUUGUCCCAUAUUUUUUCUCAAUUUCCUCUCUCCUUUCACAGUUGUAUUCCCUGCUGCAGGGGAGCACAACAAAAGUAUUACUUCCUGUAGUUUGUGAAAUAAAUCUCUAUUUGAAACAGUGGCAGACUAAGUUCAAUUGAAUGCUGAUUUGAGAAA